GCCCUUUCUACUCCACAUCUCAAGACUGAUUCCCCGUCAUCGGGCUAACUUACUUAUGUGCACUUUAUCUACGACGUCCAUUCAACCCACAAGUCAUUCAUUCAUUCAGGUCUUGGUAUUCUUCUACAGUUGCUACCGCUUCCCUCCUAAUGAUCCGGUGCAAGACUCUGUCGCGGCGAAAAAAGAAUGGACGACGGCUUCGUCCUGCAUCAUCGAAAUGGCGCCCGCGUGCCAAAACCGAGAACGAGCACUGUGCGUUUGCGCAAGCGUUCCGGGGCCGCGAUUUGAGGUCCUGGAAGUCACUUGCACUUUAGCAGAGGUCCACAGGUCAGUGGGCGGCCAGCUGGUACCAACUGUCGAACUCUUGGGGUACGGUGCAUGCCGCAAAGUGGGAAGCCGUCGGAAAGUCGAGCUCUCCUCUCGGCAAAAAGUCAUAGUGGUGUCCUUCGGUGGUUCAGAGUCUGUGGGACCGAUCGAGACGAGGGUCUGUCUCCCAAAAACCAUCUGGAGUCAGUCCCGUCAGUCGCCUUCACAUUGUGCCAUUGUCCAGUCUCCCCCUCAUCCCACAUUUCUGUUCGCCCAACGCAAUCCGCCCCAAGCAUUGGUUUCAGUCAUAGUCAUGAUAGACUUCAAGAUCUCUAGGACCGCUCUGUAUCGCCGCUUUCCAUCUCACACCUCUUAGCUAGAGAGCUUGUUGCAGGCGCUCCCCUCCAAGCUCCCGUCGCGAGCGCUCACGACCUUUUUCCAUCCUGUCGCUCCAACUACCACCUUAACUGGACCACUUUACAAUCAAAAUCCA